AUGGUUAGCGACUGGGUUUUUGCGAAGAUCGACGCACAAGUGGUGAUGCAGCCAGGUUUGCUCACUGAGCUGGAGCAUCGCAUGGUCGAUUGGAAGGCCCAUCGCAGACCUGUGCUGUGGCAGCCAACGGUCCUCCAUACCAUCAACAACAGGCGAGCAUAUGCCGUUGGCUCCGUGUAUGCACAGAUCACCGAGUUCUUUGUCAUCGGCGUCAUCACGCAGCCACUGUUUUCCUUGUUUGUCUAUGGACAAUAUGCUAUGCCCAUGGAACAGUACAUCCGAGCUGGCAUGCAUCAUCCCUCGCUCAUGGCUGAAGACGUGGCCAUCUCCAUUGGGUGUGCUUGGACCAACCGGAAUUUGAUCGUGCAACCCUUGGACCAUUGUGUUGCGAAAGCACCGCCCAUGGGCAACAGCCUCAAUGAGGCCAUUGGGGAAACCCUGGCGCAGGUGACUCGCUUCUUCGUUGGAACGGUCCUGAUACUUCCGUGGAGCUUGUUGCAUGACCCCUCAACGCUGAACUGCUUUAUCUUCCCGUUGAAAAUGCUGUUGGUGAGGCAUUUUGUGUCUAUUGGUCUACCCAUCAUGACCUUCCAGUCGAUGCUCACAGUGGGUUUUGGCCUGGUCAAAAUGCCUAUUGAAGGAGUUGAGCAGGGGCCCAACGGUGUGGUGGCAGUGGCAGCCCCAACUUUCAUCAGCUUCUUUGUCCUGGCUGUGACCUUUGCCACCUUGCAAAACUGCAUGGUCAGUCAAUGGCCCGGCAAAGAGAACCAGUCUGGUUUGAAAGCAAUCCUUUGCCGCAUCCUUUGGCUUCCAGUCUUGCAAAUUUUGAUCUGCCUAGCAGAAUGUCGUGCUUUGCUUCUCUGCAUCGUCUAUGGCUCUGCUGGGCAGCAUGGCCCUCUGCAAUACAAGGUGCGGAAGAAGUUGGGGCUUCAAGCACCGAAAGCGCCGGAAGCUUCCAAGGCGGAGCCUGCCGUGACCCUGCCACACUGGCCGGACGGGCAGGGGGAGCCUGCCGUGACCCUGCCACACUGGCCGGACGGGCAGGGGGUGGUGAGUCUGGAAGUGUGAGUCGGCCUCUGAAACCAGACGUCCACUCAGAUGCUUUCAGCAAUGAUGGUCGAUGGUCUUCACCAGAAGUCAUUUUUAUUGUUUCAUUGCCAUCGGAUGAUCCGCGCUGAUGAAAUCAGAUGUGGCAUCCGUUGGUUUCCUUAUUGUUUAUAACAUUGUCAAUAUAUCAGUAUGCGUACCUGGUUGGCGCGUUGCUGUCAG